AUGGACACUCCUGUCGGAAGCGUCAACGCAACAGCUAAAAUUCCCCAUCAUCCAUUCUGGCCAUUGAACGCGGCACUUCCUCAAUAUGCCGCCAACACGCUAUCAUCUCGCGCUCUAGUAGCAUCCUUCGUCGUCGGCGCAAGUGCCAUUCUCGGAGUAACUCUGUCGCUGAUCCAACAAUCUCGUCGAAAGCUGUCAAAGACGGAGAUGUUCAUGACACUCUGGUUUGCCCUCUGCGGCUGCAUCCAUUUGUUCUUCGAGGGCUACUACGUCGUCAACUUCGUCGACAUCUCCAACAGACAAUUCCUCUUCGCCCAGCUCUGGAAAGAAUACUCCCUCUCCGACUCACGCUACCUCACCCAAGAUUCCUUCCUCGUCCCCAUGGAGGCCAUAACCGCCUUCCUCUGGGGUCCCAUGUCGUUCUUUUGCGCGUGGAGUAUCGUCAAGCAACAUCCUCUGCGACACCCUAUCCAGCUGAUCAUCAGCGUUGGACAGCUUUAUGGUGAUGUGCUGUACUUUGGCACUUGCUACUUCAACGAGAUUGUUCAUAGUAUUGUGUACUGUCGCCCGGAGCAGUUUUACUUUUACAUGUAUUAUGUUUUCUGUAAUGCGAUUUGGAUUGUUAUCCCGACGGUCUGUGUGGUGCAUAGUGUUGUUUUGACGAAGAGGGCUUUUGAGAAGGUUCAGGAGGUUGAGAGGGUGAAGAAGGGGAUGUAA